AUGCAUCGUUCCUUGUGGUCGUUCUCCUUGAGCGCUAGCCUUGCGCUCUCCUCCUGCCUUCCGAAAGGUUGUCCUGGGGUCAAAGGCGAUCUCACCAUCGAUUCUUUCCAGCUAUACCCAGAAAAUACCGAUUUUGAUGCCAAGCGCUGUGUGGCGUACUUCAGUGUCCUCUACAACGCCACUGUUGCAGUAUACGACCCUAGCAAGAAUGCUGUCGUUAAGACCCUCGCAAUCCCUGGAUUGAGUGGAAACCCUCUCCUGCACUCGAGUGGUGUUCAGGUCGAUCCUCGGGAUCGGCUCUCUAUCGUGAUUGACGCCGGCUCAUCCUUCGACACCGGAGGCCAAAACAUUUCGGGCGACAACUUUCUCGUCAAAUACGGUCUCAAGGAUGACCGGGUCCUUUGGAGAACGAAUCUUACAGCUGUCACAGAUGGUGUGUACAGUGGGUACCAGGACAUUGAGCACGAUGAGCUGGGUAAUACCUUUGUGCUCGGCACUUUCCCAAGCAGCAUCAUCCGCGUUAGCGCCGAUGGAAAGCAGGCCACGCCUUGGUACCUUGCAACCCCGCCGGAUCACACGGUCCACGGCUACAGUGGCAUCGUCAACAUCGGCAAGAGUCUGAUAGUCAGCGACAAUACGGAUGGGCAGCUCUACAAGUUUGACAUUCGCGCUCAAAAGGGCACUCCCGUCAGAAUCCCACUGUCGUCUGGGGACGGCGCUAUCGGUCUGAAUCUCGACGGCGCCUACCUGCCUCCUCGUUACUCGGACAAGGUUCUUCUGAUCUCCGACAACGUCAACGGAACCUAUGUUCUCCGCUCAUCGGAUGGCAAGUGGAACACUGCCGAGAACCUUGGAGUGAUUCCCAACAGUCUUCUCUCCGAGGGCGGUACUACCGUGGCCUCUCUUCAGAUUGGCGAGUCAAUCUACACCGUCACCGAGUUCUUUGGGGAUGCGCGGGUGCCAGGCACUCUUGCUGGAAACAGGACGAGCUUUCCCCUGGUUGACAUUACGUCUCAGGUACAGAGCUUGCUCAAGUAG